AUGGUGAAUGACAUCAAAACAGUUAACCCCAUAAACCAGUUAGUUAAGUUCGCGGAUGACAUGACAUUAGAAGUACCAGGGAAUGAAAACGGAGAUACAUCCCAAGCCGAAGUGGACAGUAUACAAACAUGGUCUGAAAAUAAUCGAAUGUCCUUAAAUAUGGAAAAGACGUAUGAAAUGAUUGUUAGGAGAAAUAUCCCUACGCUGUUGCCUGAUCCUUUUCCAUUUAUUAAACGAAGGACGUGGUUAAAGAUUUUAGGAAUUACAUUACAGGAUCUCCCUUCCAAGUGGGAUUUGCAUUUUGAUGAAAUGUUGAAAAAAGCCAGUGCAAGAAUGUACAUAAUGCGUGUCUGUAAAUACUAUGGCUUCCCAAUCAAACAACUGGACAUGCUGUUUAACACUUUAAUUAUGCCUAUAAUCACUUACGGCAUAGAACUUUGGGGAGGCGCAUACUUCAAUAAAUACAUUAGCCAAAUAGACAAAUUCAUCAAUCGCGCUCACAGAAAUGGUUACAUAUCGGAAAAAUUGAAUAUUAAGGAGAUAAGCAUCAAAAGGGACAAGAAACUUUGGGAUAAAGUAAUACAUAAUAAAGAUAAUGCACUACAGGAGCUUUUACCAGAUAAAUUAAAUAGACACCUUAGGCCAAGGGGACACGAGUUUGAACUUCCAUUAGUGAGAACAGAGCGAUUUAAAAGUUCUUUUGUAAAUCGAUGUUUGUUUAACUUUGUUUAA